CGGUCCUGCACUGUCGGACACGCGCGCUCUUGUCUCGGUCUUCACUUCGUGGUAGAGACUAUUUUCCCUCGGAGAAGAGCCUCUUUCGACGCUGCACGUGAGAGGAAGUGAGAAGUGACAGCCUGUUUAUAACUGGGGGGGAGCAGACGAGAGGAAGAAAGAAGAAAAGGGAUUUGAAUGAAGGAGAGACUCGUGACAUGGGGGAUCGGCUGAGCCCGUCUUACGUGCAGCGGCCGCGUCGGAUGUCGCUCAGCCCGUACAUGUCCAAUGGGCGACCCGCCGAGGCAGGCGAGUCGCCGAGCAGCCACGAGUCCGACGUGGAAACAUGCGACAUGGACUACUCCAGACGCCCCUCGGCACAGAGCGAGCGAAUCAAGCAGCGAAGCGGGCCGGAACUCAGCGGGGACCGACUGGAAGCGAAGAAGAACAUCUUCUACCACCGCCGCUACUCCACGGUGGCCGGGGAGGGAAUGGAACCGGACCCGCUCGGCGGCGGGUACAGGCGGUCGUCCCGGGUCAGCGCGGGAGACUCUGAGGAGGUCACCGCGGUCCCCGUCCCGCUCGUGCCCCUGGCUUCCAAGGAGUUCCCGCGGGACAUCCCGCGGGACUUCGCUCCGCUCCCCGGGGACCGGCGGAGGAAGAAGGUCGGGAUGGUCGUCGCCAUCGUCGCCGUCGGCAUCGUCAUCCUCGCCGUCCUCCUCGUCGCCGUCACCCUUCGUCUUUCUCCCAACAUCGACGAGAUGGUGCAAUUCUCAAGUGGGACCGUAGAACGGCAGAGACGGACGGUUCGUGCUCGAGUGCUCCUCUGGGUACAUGUUCCGAAUGGUGGAUCUGGAUACGGCGGACAGUCUAGAUCCUACGUUGCACCACCGGUUACGUACAGCCGACCCUCUUAUACUGUCGUCAAAGAAGUAGAUGACGACAGUGCUGAAUUAGCAUACGGGAUUCCGUCGGUGUCGGUGACUUAUGGGGCUCCCACCCAUUCUUAUUCCUAUGGGGGCCACAAUGCUGGGCAUGGCUCCUCUGGAGUGACGUACCAACCGGCACGGACCUACACCUAUGUGCCCCAGCCGAGUUACACGUUACCGGCCGAGACAUAUACUUCCUACAGAAGCCAAAGUGGGUUGAAAAGAAAGAGCAAGAAUCGGUACCAAAGCAGUGCCCGAAGCUAUUCUACCGUCAAGUCUCAUUCCUAUGGUGGAGGACAGACCAGCUACGGAGGACACGGUGCUGCUGGAGGCCUCUCCUAUUCUAAGGUGGAGACACACUUAGGAGGAGGAAGCGGUUACGACCUGAAUCGACACCAACAGGUGUACCACAGGCGGCAGAAACCCGUCUAUCGACCCGCGAUCCGAUACACCGCUCCCAAAGUCUAUUCUUCCGUCGGGUACGACGGAGGCGACAGCUACAGCCACGUGUCAUACAACAAACAUCGAACAUACGGAGGCUACCGAGUGAAGGCCGGAGGGAAAGGAGAUGGAGAGGGACAGGGAGGCGGAGACGGAGGCGAUAGUGGCGAUGACAGUGGCGAUGACAGUGGCGAUGACGAUAGUGGCGAAGCCGAUGGUGGGGACGGUGGAGACGGCGGAGACGGUGGCGACGGUGGCGACGGUGGCGAUGGUGGCUACAGAAAACCGGCGUCGCAUCUGACGUACAACGUCCGCCACGACGACGCUCGCAAAGAUCCCGAAGAUGGAGACAAAGGGCGACAUGCACCAGAUUCCUUUAACUUUAAACUGAUUCGAUCCAUUGAGGGCAAUUGGGAUGCUUACAAUGCAUCAACUUGA